AUGAGGUCCUCCCAAGUUCUUUGGGCGUUUCUAGCAGCUGCUGCAACAGCCCAAACACAGUCAGCAUCGUUUAUCGUUUCGACAACCCGUCGAUUCUCGUCCAUUGGAGAUGUUGAUGUUCAACCAACAGCUACGGCGACAGUGUCAGGGCCAAUCCAGACAGGGCGAGCAUGCGCUCAGAUCGCAGACGCAAUCUCUAACUCCAGAUUGCAAUUCCCUAGUGUCGAAGCUGAGUUGGCGUAUGCAUGCCUCAAGUCAGUCCCGAUAGAUACAGAAGCAGCGAACAUUACAGUCAACUCGAUCAAGCAGAUGACUGAAUUCCAGUCCACAUUAGCAUACCUCAAAGAUCCUCCCACAGGUUGGCCAAAUGAACCUGUUGAUCUGAUGGCUGGGCUAGACGAUAUCGCUUCCAGAGUUAAUGACGGCACAUAUACCAAUGAGUACGACUUCGAGAACGACAUUGCGGCACUUUUCAUCAAAGCUCAUGAUGGCCAUUUGAACUUCAACGGCAUGGCUUACGGUGGGGCGUUUAGAUGGCGGAGGAAUCUCAACAUCGCGUUGAUAUCUGCAUCGAGGGAUGGCAGUGCUGUACCUCAAGUGUGGUCCCUCGGUGACUUCAACGCUUCUCAAACAGGCUACGAGCCGUCUCCCAUUACUCAAAUCAACGGUCAAGACGUGCAAGAGUUCCUCCAAGCAGAAGCAGACAAAACUGCGUACCAUGAUCCGGACACGAGAUACCAAUCGUUGUUCUUCAUGGCCAGUGCUGAGAGUUAUGGAUUGUUCACCAGCCCAAGAUUCUACCCAGGACCUACUACAAGUGUCACUUACGAGAACGGCACUACCAAUGAGUAUCUCAAUGCAGCAGUCAUCCUGCAGAGCGAACUAUGGUCAAUCAUCAGCAGCCCGCAGGAUUUCUACGACACCUACAUCACGCCCACACAGACCAGUUCGGGGCUGACAGUCAAGAAGAGGGACCCGAACUCACUUCCACUUCAUCUCGAUAACCCUCGCGACCACGAAAUACAGGGAUACAACACGAUCCAACACGGCGCUGCUCCGUUGUACUAUCCUGAACCCGUCAUCGCGCAUUCGGGCGAAAUUGUACCCCUCGCAGGUUUCUUCAUCAACGCUGGUGUCGGCGAGGUUGGCGUGCUUGUCGUAGGUACAUUCAACACUAACGACACAGCUGAAGCACAAGAGUUUCAGCAGGUGACGGAAGACUUUAUCGCUGAGGCGAGAUCUCGUGGCGUCUCGCGAAUGAUCAUCGACGUCCGCCAGAACGGCGGCGGAAAGGUCAUCUCCGGCUAUGAUAUGUACAAGCAAUUCUUCCCAGACCAGCAGCCCCAAACCCAGUCCCGCUGGCGCGGCCACCAGGCGAGUGAAGUAUUCGGCGAAUCGAUAUCCGCUUUCCGGUCGAUGACCAUCUCAAAUGCGGCUCUUUACGUCAGCCCCUUCAGCAAAGCUGCAUACGUCGAUGCCGACGGCAACGACUUUGGGUCCUGGUCGGACAUGUACCCGCCCGUGCGGCACAACAAUGACCAGUUCACCUCCCUGCUGAAAUACAACCUCUCCGACCCAUUCACGACCUCGAACGAAAUCCUAGCGAUCGGCAUUACAGUGACGGGCUAUGGUGACCGUUCUUCCUUCACCACCCCGCCCUUCCGAGCGGAAGACAUUGUGAUCCUCUCCGACGGCAACUGCGCCUCCACCUGCGCCAUCUUCCUCGAGCUCAUGGUUCAGCAAUCGGGCGUGCGUACCAUCGCCGUCGGCGGCCGUCCACAAUCCGGCCCCAUGGUCCCCGUCGGUGGCACAAAAGGCACUCUCGUCCUGCCAUCCGAGUUCCUGCAAACCCUGGCAGGUUAUGCGAUCUCAGAGUUCACCGACUCGCGCCAGGAGCAGCGCGACUGGGCCCGCUUCGUACCCAACACGUUCGGCAUCGCCGUCACAGAUGCCAGUAUCAACUUCCAAGAUAACAUUCGUGCGGGCAAGGAGGGCGCGGGCGUGCCCACCCAGUUCCUCAAUGAUACGGCGAGCUGUAGGAUUUUCUAUCAGCCGGAAAUGUAUCUCAAUGUCUCAGCGCUGUGGGCCAAGACGGCGGAGGUCGCGUGGGGGAACAAUGGCGCGCUGGACGAGGGCGCGUGCGUGAGCGGGAGUGUGACGACCAGGGAUCAGCAGACGGGUGGUGGGGAUGGAAAUCCCAGCGGGACCGAAAGUAGUGGUGGUUCAAGCGAGAGUGAGGACGCUGCUGCUGGGUUGAGACCGAGCGGUGAUGGGUGGAUGGCAAUUGCGGUCUGUGGCGCUGUCGUGUUGAGUUCGAUGGGAGUGGGCAUGGGCAUUGUAUGGUGA